GCGCGAGCGGAGGGCGAGAGGAGGGCCGGGGCGGGCGGCUCCGAGGGUCCCACAGCCCUGAGACGGCUGCUGCCCGCCUCCGAGACGCCUAGCCUCCCUCCCGCAAACGUGACCUUGGGCUGGUGACUGGCUUACCCCGUUCAGCACGUGUGUCAGCCGCCGUCGCCGGCCCUGGCGCUACUGCGGUGACUAGUGCGGUCCUCUCCCCGUGGGCUGACGUCAUAUUUGGGGAAGACGGACCACAACGCGGAAGCCACCCACCUCUUCCCCGUGCGCAGAGAGGUCCACAGCACCCACGCUGUGACUCCGACAAGCCGACGGGCACGCGGAGACAGAACCAGCUGCAGGAAGAUGUUUCGUGGUCGGGUGCCCACCCAGCGCGGGACGCCACUGGGAGGCCCCUGGCUGUUGACAAGACAAUUGCUUUAAGAAAGCUUCUCUCCAGAAUCCACAGUUUCCGAAGUAGUUAAUUUCGAAGGAAAUGAGACGAAAUAGCCCCCAGACGAAUGUUGUCACGGUCAACAGCACCAAGUCCUGCGGUACCAAGGCCAGGGAUUUAAUGUGCAAAAUGGCGGUUAUACGGGACUGGCAUAUUUCGUAUCCUCCCACACACAAGUUCAUGAAUUUAAGACCUCACUCUUCACCGUGUAGAGUGUAUUCAAGGAAUGGUUUCCAACGUGUGUUUAGACCUUCUUCAACCACUGCUAUUGCAAAUCCAAUACUGUCCUUCUUAGAUGUCAAACGGAUUUUAUUUCAAAAAAUUACCGAUAAAGGAGACGAGUUGAGAAAGGCCUUUCAGCUGCUCGAUACCAAUCACAACAUGACAGUGUCGAAGAGUGAGCUGAAAAGAAUUAUCACAACCUUCCUGAUGCCUCUCACAAGAGAACAGUUUCAAGAUGUCCUGGCUCAGAUCCCCCUCACCAGCUCUGGUGCCAUUCCUUACCUUGAAUUCCUGUCCAGGUUCGGUGGGAUGGACCUACAUAUAAAUGUUAUAAAGAGGGGAGGUGGGAAUGAAAUGAAUUGCAGUCGGACAGUAAAAGAACUUGAAAUCCAAGUAGGAGAAAAGAUUUUCAAAAACAUGAAAACUGUUAUCAAAGCCUUCAAGCUCAUUGAUGUUAACAAGACUGGUCUGGUCCAGCCCCACGAGCUGAGGAAAGUUCUGGAGACCUUCUGUUUGAAGAUGAAAGACGAUGAAUACAAAAAGUUUGCAAAACACUACAACAUUGAUAAAGACACCACAGUGGACUAUAAUGUUUUUUUGAAGAACCUCAGUGUAAAUAAUGACUUGAAUCUUAGAUAUAAAAUGGGAAAUCCAGAGGUCUCCUGGGAGAGUCAAUCCAUCAAAAAUUCCAAAAGGGAGUGCCCUCACAGCUCUGUUUCAUCCGAAGAGGUCUGGAAAAACUGCUCCCUGGAAGAAGUUGAGACGGCCUUCUGCCAGGAGCUUUCCAAGUCCUAUGGAAAGGUUGAAAAAGCCCUGAGUGCAGGGGACCCCUCCAAAAGUGGCUGUGUGUCUUUGAAUUACCUAAAGAUUGUCUUCGACACCUUUGUGUACCGAUUACCAAGGAGGAUUUUUAUCCAGUUAAUGAAGAGAUUUGGACUUAAAACCACUGCUAGAGUCAACUGGAAACAAUUUCUAACCUCAUUUUAUGAGUCCCAGUGGUUGGAAGUCAACAACACAGUUCCCCCGACCGAAAGAGACAGCAUCACUUCUAAAAAUCAAUCUUGCGAGGAAAACAUUAUCCCCAAGUUAUCUAGACACGAGGGUCACUCUGCAUCACUGAAGAAAGCACUACUGAAUGCCAAGACCAAACCCGACGGACGAAUAACAGGGGAAGAAUUGCGACAUAUUCUAAAUUGCGAGGCUGUAAACAUCAGCGAUUCAGAAUUCAAAGAACUAAUGCAGACCCUUGACCCUGGGGACACUGGAUGGGUCAACGUCAACACGUUCAUCCAACUGCUUGAAGAGAACCCUGAGACAGGAAAACAAGUUGCAGACCCCAAAGCGCCUCUCUUCCUGGCUUGGGAUUCAGUGGAAGAGAUCGUCCAUGACUCCAUUACUAGGAAUCUACAAGCCUUCUAUAAAAUGCUACAGGCGUAUGACCUCGGAGACACAGGGCUCAUUGGUCAAAAUAAUUUCCAGAAAAUCAUGCACAUAUUCUGCCCCUUUUUAACAGCUGAGCGUUUACUGAAACUCUGCAGUGCGUUUCAGGAUAUCACUUCAGGAAGAAUCCUUUACAAGGAACUUUUGGCACGCGUCGGAAUUAGCGGUCCACCCACCAUCUCUCCAGCUCUUGUGCCGAAGGAUCAAGUGUUCGGUGAACAUUUUCAUAAAGAGGAACAGCAGCAGCCAGACCUUCCUGAGAGAACCAAGCCCACUGGGGACAAAAGCACCCUGACCAAGAAAAUGACUAAGGAGGCAGUGAUCGAAAAACACAAAAGAUGCAUACAGCAGCAGGACCCAGCAUUCCGAAAAACGUGUCUUGACUUCAGCAAGGAGCCGGCUGGCAAAAUUAACGUGCAUGACUUCAAGAAGGUACUGGGAAAUCGCGGAAUGCCCGUGGAUGAUGACCAGUAUGCUCCGCUCACUGCAGAAGUAGGACAUGAGAAAGGAGGGACGAGCUACUUGGACUUGGCGGCAGGCCUUGGAGACGCUCCGAGGAAUGGGCCAGAAGGGGCUCCAUCGCAGACUCCGGUUCUUUCGAAGAGUAACUUGGACGGCUACUUUGUAACCGCUGAAGAGUGCGUGAAGCGCUUCCCCCAGAGACUGAGGGAAGUCUUCCGGGACCCCUACUCCGCCUUCUUUAAAAUAGACACUGACAGGGAUGGCAUCAUCCACAUGCGCGAUGUCCACAGACUGCUACGGCUCCUACUGUUCAAUCUUAAAGACGACGAGUUUGAGCGUUUCCUGGGCCUUCUUGGCCUGAGACUCAGCGUCACGCUAAAUUUUCGGGAAUUUCGAAAUCUGUGCGAGAAGACGUCUUUGAGAACAGACGACCCGCCUCAAAGACUCAUUAGACCAAAACAGAAGGUCGCAGAUUCAGAACUAGCUUGUGAGCAGGCUCAUCAGUAUCUUGCUACCAAAGCAAAAACCAGAUGGUCAGACUUAUCUAAGAAUUUUAUAGAAACCGACAGUGAGGGCAACGGCAUUCUUCGGCGGCGGGAUGUAAAGAACGCGCUGUACAGUUUUGAUAUUCCUCUAACACCGAGGGAAUUUGAAAAGCUCUGGAUGAGCUAUGACACCGACGGAAGAGGACACAUAACUUACCAAGAAUUUUUACAGAAAUUGGGGAUUAACUACGCGGCAGACAUUCAUCGGCCCUAUGCCGAGGACUCCAACUUCACGGGCCAUUUCACGAAGCCACAGCAGGUGCACGAGGAGGCCCGACAGCCGCAGCAGAGCCCAGACAGGGCCGCGCCGGCCAGGGACAAGCUUAAAGACCACUAUCACGACCUCAGCAAAGCACUCACCAAAGUCGAUCCAUCCCCAAAUGGCUACAUACCCGUGAGCAAGAUGCGGGAAGUGCUGCGGGGAUGCGGUUGUCACCUGAAGGAAGAGGACCUGACCGAUCUUCUGAACAGUUGGGGAAUCAGCUGGCACGAUAACUCCUUCAAUUACCUUGACUUCUUGAAGGCGGUGGAGAACAGCAAGCCAACAAGACCUCCGCCGAAAGAAAAAGAGGGCGCGCCCCUCAGUUUUGCGACACUAGACCCGGCGGAGGUCGUGAAGAGUAUCCAGGAAGUUGUCGACUCCUCCAAUGCGGCUUUGUCAACGGCAUUUUCUGCAUUGGAUAAAGAGGACACUGGGUUUGUAAAGGCUUCAGAUUUUGGACAAGUUCUUAAGGAUUUCUGUCACAAACUCACAGAUAACCAGUAUCAUUAUUUUUUGAGAAAACUAAAAAUUCAUCUAAGCCCCCAUAUAAAUUGGAAAUAUUUUCUCCAGAACUUCGGCUCUUUCUCCGAAGAGACUGCUGCCGAGUGGGCCGAGAAAAUGCCCCAAGGCCCACCACCCACGACUCCCAAGGAAACAGCACACCAGGAGCUCCUGGCUCGGAUCCACAAGGCAGUGGGCUCCUGUUACUGUGCGAUUGCUCAGGAGUUUGACAACUUCGACACCAUGAAAACGAACACCGCCUCCAGGGACGAGUUCAGGGCUCUUUGUGCUCGCCACGUGCAAGUUCUGACCGAUGAGCAAUUUGACAGACUGUGGAGCGAGAUGCCGGUCAAUGCCAAGGGGAGGCUCAAGUAUCUGGACUUCCUGAACAUGUUCAGCUCCGAGAGAGGGGCCACACCGCCAGCCCCUGGCAGUUCCACCAAGGCCCAGAAAGGCAGCAGUGUUCCCGAAGUCUCAGAGAGAAGCAGAUCCGCAGCUUCAUCAACGCCUGCUCCCGACCUCAAAGCAGGGUUGAAACCGCAGAGCCACCCCUGUACCCCGGCAGACACCCUGCCCCUGCAGAACUGUGAGCCCAUAGAGAGCAAGCUCCGGAGGAGAAUUCAGGGCUGCUGGCGGGAGUUCCUGAAGGAAUGCAAAGAGAAGGAUGUGACCAAGCAGGGGGAGAUCGCCACAGCUGAGUUCCUAGCUCUCGUGGAGAAGUUCAGUCUGGACAUAAGCAAAGAGGAAUCUCAGCGGCUCGCCGUGAAGUACGAUGUAAAGAACAGCGGGAAAUUUGCUUACUGUGACUUCAUUCAGAGCUGUGUCCUCCUGCUGAAAGCGAAGGAAACCUCGCUGAUGCAGAGAAUGAAGAUCCAGAACGCAAACAAGAUGAAAGAAGCUGGUGCUGAGACUUCUUCCUUUUACUCGGCUUUACUGCGGAUUCAGCCCCAAAUUGUGCGCUGCUGGAGGCCGAUGCGACGCACCUUCAAAGCCUACGAUGAGGGCGGGACGGGGCUCUUGAGCGUGGCUGAUUUCCGGAAGGUCCUGAGACAGCACAGCAUCAACCUCUCGGAGGAGGAGUUCUUCCACAUCCUGGAGUAUUAUGACAAGACACUGUCUUCCAAAAUCUCCUACAACGACUUCCUGCGGGCCUUCCUCCAGUAGGCGGCCGACGGGUGCCUCCAGUGCAGAUGGGUGGGGACCACACGGCCUGUCCCUAAGACGAAUGAGAUCACAGAAUCGGGGGCGGGGGGGGGGGGUGGCUCCAGAAACACACGCAGCCCCGUGUCUUUCCCGGCGGUUAAGGCUUUGCGCUGCCCCGCGGCCAGAGCUUCAGCCACAGCUCCGCCCCACGGAGCCACGGGACCCUUCACUCAGUUGGAGCAAAUAAAAUGUUAGUCUUUGCAGAAAUGA